UCCCUCCCCCCGCAUGCGCAGUGUCCGCCUGGCGCCACCGCGGUGCUUCAUCCGGGUCCUCGGGGCGGCGGUUGGGCCAUGGCGACGGUGGCGGAGCUGAAAGCAGUUUUAAAGGACACGCUGGAAAAAAGAGGUGCUCUUGGAGAAAUAAAAGCAUGGAUCAGAGCUGAAGUUUUUAAGGCACUGCAUGACGAGAGUGAACCACGGCCACAACUGUCUCAUGAAAAUUUCUUAAUCAAUGAACUAUUUCGUGAAUACCUGGAAUUUAACAACUAUAAAUACACAGCAUCUGUUUUAACUGCAGAAUCUGGCCAGCCUGAAGUGCCCUUGGACAGACAGUUUCUUGCCAGAGAGCUGAACAUAGCUGAAGAUGCAAAUGGAAAAUCAGUACCUCUCUUGUAUGGAAUUCUCUCUUCUCUCUUACACGGUGAUAAGGAAGAAAGUACCCAGAAUACCUUUCCAAAAUCAUCUUUGCUGAAUUAUCCAAAGCAGAACCUUGGCAAACCACCUACUGAGAGAAAUCAAAAAGAUAGAAUUCCAGAACCAGGAAGGAUGGCUGGCACAAGCACUGAAGAACCCCUUGUUUUACAAAAUAUACACAGAUGAUACAUUUCAUGUGCUAAUUUCUCAUGGGAAGUUCUGUAUGAGUUCAUUUAGGAAAUUAUUCUUUGUAUAAAUUUCCCAAUAUGUCCAAUGGGACCAUCUCAGCUUGUUAGAUAUACCCACGAGACAGGAUGAUGGGGUCAUACUUAUGGGCAGUAUCAAAAAUGUUUUAGCAAAGACUCUAUUCCUACAGUUCUAGUAGUGGGAAAACUGUACAUGAAAAGAGAUGAGUGAACUAAACAUACCAAAAUACUAAAAAUUUACCAGAAAACUUAUGAUUUCUGCACUUUCUGUACUAUAUUACAUCUCGUGUACCUUUCCUGUGGUUUUUUAGUAAAAUUUUCCA